CCCUUCAGCCCGCCCAAGUUUUCGACGGCCUCAACGACAUCCUCAAGCACCCAACAUGCCGGCACAACCAUCAAACUUCCAGCGUUUCGUCGAGGUCGGCCGUGUCGUGCUCCUCAAGUCCGGUCCCAGCGAGGGCAACAUCGCUGUGAUUGUGGAGAUCAUUGACCACAACCGGGCCAUCAUCGAUGGACCCACCACUGGCGUCGCCCGCCAGUCCUUCCCCUUCCGCCACCUGACCCUCACUCCCUUCGUCCUCGCCUCUCUCCCCCGUGGUGCCGGCACCGGCGUCGUCCGCAAGUACCUCGAGAAGGAGGGCACGGUCGAGAAGUGGAACAAGUCCGCAUGGGCGCAGAGGCGGGAGGCGAUCGAGAAGCGGAGGAAGCUCAACGACUUCGAGCGCUUCGCGGUCAUGAUCGCGAAGAAGGCGCGGAGAGACGUCGUCCGCAAGAGCGUCGCGAAGGCCUCGGCAUAAACCGCUGCCAGGUUGCGAGCCUGCUCCUGCCGUCGGUCGCUCUUGCUGGGUCGCGGGUGCGCUCACCAGGAGCUGGACUGGAGCUCGGGAGAGCGGUAAAAUCAUUGGAGGACGCGUUUGCCAGGACCGCCUUCUCGCCACACGUCGUAUGUCUACUGUGUUGUUUAUGUACUCUCACCAUGCCCCAUGAUGUGGUCCACUUGCUCUGCAACUCAGUUAGCCUGGACAUCCGC